AUGGCAGACAUCGCCGGCUACCACACUGACGCCAAGCUGGGCCAGGACCUCCACUCGAACAAACGUAAGCGCGACACACGCGACCAGGGCAUGGGCCGAGCUGCUCCCAACAUGGGCAGCACCGACUUGACCGACCAGGACACGGCUUUCCACCUCGCCGCACACAACGCCGGUGCCAACGACGACCUGCACCACUUCGACAUGGGCAACCAGAACGGGGGCAACUCAUCGAGCGUGGGCGACACGGCUGCAGCUGCUCUGGCAUAUCACCAGAUGACGGUGCCACAGGCGACAGAGCUGCAGUUCCAGACACAAGGCACAGGCGGCGACAACUCGUUCAACAUGGGCGACCAUCAGCAGCAGUCGAGCAUGCAGGACUUUAGCCUCGAAGCCCUGAAGGCUGCGACACAGACAGGCCGUCCUGGCCAGCCUGCCAACAGCGACUCGCCGCCCCAGAGUGCGUCACAUAAGCCGCAGGUUGGGUCUGAUGAGUGGCACAAAGUCAGGCGAGAUAAUCACAAAGAAGUCGAACGCCGCCGGCGCGAAACCAUCAACGAAGGCAUCAACGAGCUUGCAAAGAUUGUGCCUGGCUGCGAGAAGAACAAGGGCUCGAUCCUGCAGCGCGCAGUGCAGUUCAUCACGCAGUUGAAGGAGAACGAGCAGCAGAACAUUGAAAAGUGGACGCUCGAGAAGCUGUUGACGGAGCAAGCCAUCACGGAGCUCAGCGCCAGCUGCGACAAGUUCAAGGCCGAGUGCCAGCGAGCGUGGGAAGAGGCUCAGAUUUACAAACGUGCGUGCGAGAACGCAGGCCUCGUGCCCGAGGAGAUCAAGGAGCGAGAAAACAAUGGCGAGCCGACGGGGCCAAGCUGA